CCCGGCGGCGGCGGCGGCGGCGGCGGCGGCGGCAAGAAGACCCCAGCGGGUUCAGCGCACCUCGUUAUCAAGGAUCUUGGAGAAAUUCAUUCAAGGCUUUUGGAUCACAGACCAUUUAUUCAAGGUGAAACUCGUUAUUUUGUAAAAGAGUUUGAAGAAAAACGUGGUCUUCGAGAAAUGCGAGUUCUUGAAAACUUGAAGAAUGUGAUCCAUGAAACAAAUGAACAUACUCUUCCCAAAUGUAGAGAAACAAUGCAGGACUACUUAAACCAAGUUCUCCAGAGAUUGCAAGCAGCUAAUGACUCAGUCUGUAGACUCCAGCAGAGGGAACAGGAGCGAAAAAAGAUUCAUAAUGACCAUUUAAUUGCUAGUGAGAAACAGCAUAUACUCCAGUGGGAAGAUUUCAUGAAAGAACAACCCAACAAGCGGGCUGAAGUGGAUGAAGAGCACAGAAAAGCCAUGGAGAGGCUUAAAGAACAGUAUGCUGAGAUGGAGAAGGACCUAGCGAAAUUUUCAACCUUUUAAGAACUUGAAUCACAACAAUGACUAAUGAGAAAACAUCGACUUCUCCCCUAAAAAAUAUUCCCACCAAACCAUUUAGCUUCUGUUAGGAGCUUAGCAAUGUAUUCAAUAGCACUCUUAUAUCAGAAGAAAGAAACUUCUGCUGCAGUCCAUGGUAAAUGUUUCAUAGACGAGUGCUCAUCUUUCCAGCAUUAGGUGCCUAUAUGUGAUUAUUUGAAUGGGGAGGAGAAGAAUGAAAAAUAGGAUAAAUACACUCUUUCUUCGUCAGAAUUGAUCAUCUUUUCCACUGAUCAGCUCAGAGAUUUUUAAGUAUAAACUUCUUAGUGAAAAGAUAAUUUAAUUCAUUCUUAUUCAGGGUUAAUAUUAGUUUAUUAUUGUGGCUUAAAAGGCAGGUAUAAAAGCUGCCCAUCAUAGCCUCCCUAGCUACUGGAAGAAUGUGCAAAGUGUUAUUCCAUGUGUAAUAUAGACAAAAAACAGCUGUCAGAGCCGAUAUUUAAGAAAGGUGAGAGUGAAAACAUUGUCUCUACUAUAGCGAAGAUGGCCGUGUUGGUCUUUGAACUGCGUACUGGGAAUGGCUGCGAUUUUGUAGUGCAGCAUAAUGCCGUGUGCUUCACUGGGUGACAAGACACGUGUGUUAAGUUUUGUGGCCUUCCAGCACUUAUUAUUUUCAGCUUUUAAAACACGCUUAGAAGAAAAGCUUACCAAAAAUGUAUUUUUACUUUUAGCCUUUCCAAGAACCGUAAUCUUGCCCAUAGUUUUUACCUCAUUUCUGUCUCUUUUGCUGUGGGUAAGCUUUAUAAGAUAAAUAAUGUCUGUGCAUGUUUCAACUGUUUAAUGAGUAAUCAGCGAAAUCUGCCAAGGAGUCCCUCUGGAACCAUAUAAAGAUUCUGGCUCUGAAUGAACCAGAAGUGUGUGCCCACAUGGCAAAUGAUCCAUGUUAAUGUAAAUCCUUUUUAGUGUUAACGUCUGUUCUCAUAAGCAGGUGUAUUAUGAUGAAACAUGUACCAAUUCUGUCAUCACUGUGAUCUUUAAAAAUCUGCAUUUAACAAUCUAGUUGAAGAACUAAGUUGAUUUUUUAUUUGCCGUAAACCAAGCAAAAAUAAAUGUAAUAGUUUCAAGAGAUUUAUGGUAAAUGAAUUUAGAGUAUGGGUAAAUCUCUUCAGAUAUUUUUUAUUGCUCUCCAGUAAGGAAAAGCACAAGAAAGAAAAUAUCCAACUCUCUUGUUAUCUCAGUGUUGCAACUCCAGAAAAUUGACAAUGCUUGCCUGUGUGAAUUUAUGGCUUACUGUCAAAGCUUCAUUCUUGGCUGCAUGUUGAAAAUGUGAUUAAAGUUAAUAGAGGAGAUGAAA